AUCUAGAACCAAUGACUGGUGACUUAUUCACCGCACGGUUUGAUGACUGUCAUUUUGAUGAAACAAUAUUCCCAGCCUUAGGGGGAGAUAUUAAAGAAAUGGACCCACGUACGAAAGAUAUUACUUGGAAUGAAACAAAUUUAUCUUUUCUUGAUUCUCGCACAAAUGCCUCUGAACAAGAAAUUCAAAAGAUUAUUCAUUUACAAAAUGUUGCAAACCAAUUGCCUGAUGCUUUCACAGACUCAAAGAAAGUGACAAAGUCACAUGUUCCAGCUAUGAAUGCUCCUUCUCGAAUAGAAAUUCCUGCGGAGAUUAGCGAAAGAACUCUUGCUAAUGAAUCUAUGAUACGUAAAAAACGUGGUAGACCACUUGGUUCAAGAGAUUUGAAACCAAGAAAAUUUAAACAACAAGUUGUAGUUUGUGAUGCAAAGAAGUUCAUUCUUCUCAAGAAGAAAAUGAACAUUUUGAAAAUAUCGGCCUUGAAAAUAACAUCAAUAAUAAUGAUACCUCAAAAGAGGAUCCAAUCACCUUCGAAGAGGUAAAUAUUCCAGAUAAAGAUAGAAACGUCGAUAAUUUUGAAAUUUCAAUUAAUUACGUUUCUAAUGGAAUACACUGGAAUAGAAAUGAUAUUGAUGUUAAUGAUAUAUUUUCAUAUGCCAUCGCCACAGAUAUAAUGAAUGAACACGAUGACAAUGAGCCUAAAUCUAUUGACGAAUGUCGUCGUAGAAAUGAUUGGCCAAAAUGGAAUGAAGCAAUUCAGGUAGAAUUAAAAUCGUUAGAAAAGCAUAAUGUUUUUGGACCAAUUGUCCAUACGCUAAAAGGAGUAAAACAUGUCGGUUUUAAAUGGGUUUUUGUGCGUAAACGCAACGAGAAAAAUGAAAUCGUUAGAUACAAAGCCCGACUUGUUGCCCAAGGUUUUUCUCAAAUGCCAGGAAUCAAUUAUGAUGAGACGUAUUCUCCAGUAGUUGAUGCUACAACUUUAAGAUUUUUAAUUGGCAUGUCUGUUUUUGAAAGGCUGCAAAUGCACCUAAUGGAUGUGGUGACAGCAUAUUUAUACGGUUCACUCGAUACGGACAUAUAUAUGAGAAUUCCUGGAGACUUUAAAAUACCUGAUGCUUAUAGCUCGAAAUCUCGAGAUUUAUUUUCCAUAAAAUUGCAAAAGUCAUUAUAUGGAUUAAAACAAUCUAGACGCAUGUGGUAUAACCGUCUCAGUGAAUAUUUGAUUAAAGAAGGAUAUAAAAUGAUCCUAUUAAUCCACGUAUUUUCAUUCAGCGAUCCGAAUCAGGAUUCGCCAUAAUUGCAGUAUAUGUUGAUUAUUUAAUCAUUAUUGAAACUCCCAUUGAAAUUGAAAAUACUGCAAAAUAUCUCAUGAAAGAAUUUGAAAUGAAAGGUAUUGGGAG